UCUGUGGACGGCCUAUCGAACCGCGCCGGCGCAGGCGCUCCUCUGUCCCAGUUUCUCCAUUUGUAUCUUUUUCUCCACUCGCAUUUCGCCUUUCCUCCGCAGCUCCUUGCUCAGCAGCGAGCGAGAGCAAAGCAAGCGGGCGCUCUUCCCGGCGCGUAUCAGUGUGGUGAAGAAACACAGAACCUAGCCACGGCAUGCGCGCGUCCUACUCGAGCCGCAAGCUCCGCUAAAAGUGCCGUCGCACACCGGUGGUCCCCACCGCCGCGAUCGGAGUCGACGGAGAGGGCCAUGAACGUCGGCUGAAGUCGGCAGUCCGUCGCACCGGUCCCUCGGUCGACCCAAGUCUUCGCGCCGUCGUAGCUUCGUAGGAUAUGUCAGUGCGGAUGCUACGGCGUUAGGCUUAGCGUGCUCCUGCGGCUCCUCUGAACGUCACUCCCCCUCUCCUCGGAGCAGAGCGGUGCGUUUCUGCGUGUUGUUGUUGUCGUCGUCGUCGUGAUCUUCUCAAACGCACUGUCCUCGUCGUCGUCAGCGAUGGCCGAUGAAGACGUCGUAUUCGACGAUGUCUACGAAAUGCACGAGUUCAUCGGGAAGGGUCCGUUCAGCGUGGUGCGGCGAUGCGUGCACAAGACCACGGGCCAGCAGUUUGCUGUCAAGGUAGUCGACGUCGCCAAGUUCACCUCGUGUCCUGGACUCGGCACAGAAGACUUAAAGCGAGAAGCCACCAUCUGCCACAUGCUCAAACAUCCACACAUUGUUGAACUGUUGGAAACAUACAGCUCCGAAGGAAUGCUCUACAUGGUGUUUGAGUAUAUGGAAGGGGCAGAUUUAUGCUUUGAGAUUGUGAAAAGAGCCACUGCAGGAUUUGUCUACAGUGAAGCUGUCUCCAGCCAUUACAUGCGCCAAAUUUUGGAAGCCCUGAGGUACUGCCACGAGAACGACAUAAUUCACAGGGACAUCAAGCCACACUGUGUCCUUUUGGCUACGAGGGAAAACUCUGCACCUGUCAAACUGGGGGGAUUUGGUGCUGCCAUUCAGCUUGAGUGCGACUACAUCUAUAGCGGUGAGAAAGCAAUGUCUAUGUAUGGAGAAAACCUAAGCCUUGCAUGUCGGAAAUACUUCAAAUGUGACUUGCUAGGCCGGAUAGGUACGCCCCACUUCAUGGCUCCCGAGGUGGUCCAGCGCAAGCCGUACGGAAAGCCGGCUGACGUCUGGAGCUGCGGUGUCUUGCUCUACGUCUUGCUCACAGGGACACUUCCAUUUCUCGGAACAAAGGAGAGGCUUCACGAAGCGAUCUGCAGUGGAAAGCUCAAUCUGACUGGUAGGCAGUGGGAUCAGAUCAGUGAAUACGGCAAGGAUGUAAUCCAGAGGAUGCUCUGCCUAGAUCCCAGGGACCGAUACACCGUCGAAGAACUGCUCAAUCACCCCUGGCUGAAAGAUCGGGACCACUGUGCACCCCGGGUACAUCUCCAAGAAACCGUGGAUGAGCUGAGGAAAUUCAAUGCACGGCGGAAAUUAAAGGGUGCUGUGCUGGCUGCUGUCUCCAGCUCAAAGUGGACAAGCUUCUACAGCGACCCUGCAAUGGAUGGGAUCUCCGACUUCGGGAUUGAGGAAGAAGUGACCGCUAUUGGAGCGGUGUCCACGGUGCUGGACAGCCUGGACGACAUCCACUGCCUGACGGACUGCUCCGAGAGAGACCGGGACUUCCUGCUCAGCGUCCUCGAGGACUCCCAGCUACACGCCUUACUAGACUUGUACGACCGCAUCAACACGAGCUCGUGCAGUCCCAUCAAGUGCCCCCCUUCGGACGCCUGCGGUCGCGCCAGAGACGUUCUCGAGUGGAUCCAAGACUGUCCGCUGGGAGUCACCGCCGACAUGGAAGAGCUUCAAGCCAUCCUCUGCAAGCCUCACGUUCGGGCCUUGCUCCAAGCGCACGACGUGGUGUCGCACGAGGUGUACAGCGAGGAGGCAAUCCGCGUGACACCCCCGCCCAUGAUGCCCUACCUCAACGGCAACCAGAGUGCGGACACCCCCUCGGAUACCGACAUGGAGCAGGUCACGCGGGUGCGCCUCGUCCAGUUCCAAAAGAACACCGACGAGCCCAUGGGCAUCACUCUCAAGUUGGACGAAGAUGGACGUUGUAUCGUGGCUCGCAUCAUGCACGGGGGCAUGAUCCAUAGGCAAGCGACCCUGCAUGUUGGCGACGAAAUACGCGAAAUCAACGGCAUCAGCGUUGCCAAUCAGACAGUGGAAAGCUUGCAGAGGAUGCUUAGGGACGCUCGAGGAAGUGUGACGUUCAAGAUCAUCCCCAGCUACCGCAGUGCCCCUCCUCCCUGUGAGAUAUAUGUUCGUGCUCAAUUCGACUACAAUCCGUUGGAUGAUGACCUCAUUCCAUGCGCACAAGCGGGCAUUGCAUUCCAGAUAGGAGACAUUUUACAGGUGAUCAGCAAGGACGACCACAACUGGUGGCAGGCCAAGAAGGAGACGGCGGACGGCACGGCGGGCCUCAUCCCGUCGCCAGAGCUCCAGGAGUGGCGCUCGGCGUGCAUCGCCAUGGAGCACUCCAAGAACGACCAGGUGAAUUGCUCAAUCUUCGGGAGGAAGAAAAAACACUUCAAGGACAAGUACCUAGCGAAGCACAACUCGAUGUUCGACCAGCUCGAUGUUGUCACUUAUGAGGAGGUGGUCAAGCUGCCUUCCUUCCACAGAAAAACUCUGGUGCUUCUCGGAGCUCACGGCGUUGGGCGGAGGCACAUCAAAAACACACUCAUCAGCAGCUACCCAAACAAAUAUGCAUAUCCUAUUCCACACACCACGAGGCUGCCGCGAAAGGGGGAGGAGAACGGGAGGAACUACUUCUUCGUGUCGCACGAGGAGAUGAUGGCAGACAUUGAGUCGCACGAGUACCUGGAGUACGGCACCCACGAGGAGGCCAUGUACGGCACCAAGCUGGACACGAUACGCAAGAUCCACGCCGACGGCAAGAUCGCCAUCUUGGACGUGGAGCCCCAGGCACUCAAGAUCCUCCGAACGGCUGAGUAUUCCCCGUAUGUCGUCUUCAUUGCGGCCCCUUCAAUAACUACUAUGCACGACGUGGACGGAAGCCUAGAGCGGCUAGCCAAGGAGAGCGAGCUGCUGCGGCAGGCCUACGGACAUUUCUUCGACCUGACGGUGGUGAACAACGACAUCGAGGACACCAUCCACACCCUGGAGGCGACGUUGGACACCCUCGACGCCUCGCCACAGUGGUUGCCCGUCGCGUGGGUGUACUGACGGUCGCGACGGAGAGACGGUGCCUCGACACCGCAGCGUUGAACACACCGAAGCGCCGGGCACUCCCGCGACCAGGCGCGGCACGGAGAUCGCCCUCUGCAGAAGCGUGCGACACUCUUAAACUUGCCUUUUUACUUUUUUUAUUUUGUGUCUGGAAGUGGUGUGGGAUGUUUACAUCAUAUAGAAGACAGUUUGGCUCUAGUAGAACAGAGGCCCUUAAUUAGAGAGGUAAACUCACCAUUUCGAAAUCAGUUAUAGCAGUCAAAAUAUUCUCUAUUAGUUCAACAGAGAACGCUACACCAUGACUUACGUUCAUCAUAUUCGGAGGUGUCGAGAACUGGGCCAAGUGGUACUGAUUCAUAAUGAAAGACAAAGUGGACGAAAAACAUGGACACAAGACGUACAAAAGCAGAGCGCUCGUCCAUUGUACUUGUCCUUCUUGCCUCUGUGUCUUGCGUGGGUUCUGUUUUUCAUUAUGCAUCGUGCUCAUAUUUUUAAGUUGUGAGGGUACUUACGUGCAUAUGCUGCGAUGCAGCGUAGGUUGAUUGCGGGACUUUGCGCAAAAGUAGGAGAGCUUCAUUGAAAACCCGUGUCUUGGAAAAUAUUUGCGAGAGCCGCCGAACCUUGGAAUUGUGUUGCGCAAAAGUACUUCGGCGCUGCAUGCUUAAUUUUUAGGCGUUUUCGUCACCCGUGCGACAACUCCUCGCCCGACAAGCGAGAUGUUGGAUUGCUGAACACUCCACUGCCAGCAUUAGCAGCAGCUUCAAAAUUGAUACGUUAAUUUCUUCCGUUAAUAGGAAAAUCGAUUCCUCAAAGCGUCCCAGACUGUCUCGUUAUCAUUCCCUCACCUUGCCUGUGUUACGAGAGUUAUUUUUAUAUGCAAUGUUUCUGUAAGGGAGAGAAAGUGACCAGAAAACCAUCAAGGGGGUUGUCUUUCUUUUGUUUCUUUUCUUUUCAUGAAUAUUUGCGCGCAGAUGCAAGUUGCGUCCCCACGCUUCUGCAAGUGCGAACGCUUUUCCGCUGCCGCGCUGCAACGUGAAGGGAGAAGCCCGUGUGCCCACCAGAGUGCCUCUGUUUCUAAAUGACUGCUGAACAUUUUUUUCAAAAGCGAGCCACCACAAUCAAGCGGUGGCCGUCGUCGCAACCACGCCACGUCCAUCGCGCGUGGGCGUGCACGUUUCCACUAGACAUUUCGAGUUGCCCCCCCCUUGCAGUGUCUCGCAAUGGCCCCCCCCAAACUUUUCGUUGUUGUUGAUGUUAUCGUUGUUGUUACUGUGAAGAGCGAGAGGAGAGAAGAAGGCCGUCGUCAAGAAUGUCUUCACACAUUUUACGAACUUGAUUGUAUCUGAGGCGGACGUUGACCCAUCUUUGCGGUCACUGAGCACCGGUCUCGUACCGCUACACAUCAGCGUGGCAUUUAUAGCGAUCAAGAGUUGAGGUCUUGUUAAAGAUGUAACCAGAAUCUAGUUCAACUUGUUUCUUUUUUUUUUUCUUUCUUUCUUUUUUUGAUACAUUCUUUGUUGCCAAAUGGUCUAGCGUUGGUUUGGGGCACAAAGUCUCAGGAUCGGCUGUGGUCGGGAGUGCGGAAGCCACAAUGAUUGGAGUCGAUUUUGGCUGUUUGGAAUCAAAUGUGGAAACAUAUCGAAGUUUUUACGACCCCUCUCUUGGGUACAAUGGCUUUGGAGCCAUGACAGGACAGCAGGUUUCUAUACAAUAUUGUUGGUAAGCCAUGUGAAGUCCCUUUGUUGUUUGCAUACUCUUUCAUAUAGACAUAGAGACUUUGUUAGGUUGCUUUCUACGAUCAUGGUGUGAGUGGUGUUGAGAAUGCGAGGGUCUGUUUCUGUGGUUAGAGUUUCGACUGUAGAUAAGAUUUACUUUUAUACUUUCUCUGUUGUCUCCUCGAAGUAUUUUAGGCAGAGACUUUAGGUGUUACCUUCUGCUGGCUCAAAACAGCUUACCAACAUGUCUGUGCUUAGCGUAGAUACAUGUCUCGGCCUAUGGGUAACUUCGUGAUUUCCUUUUGCAAUGUCUUCUAAGGGCUGCUUGUGCAAUUUGCUUUGUUCGUCUUACUUGAUCUUUACAGUUUGCUUUAGUGGUAAUGGCAGCUUACUGCAGAUGAUGUUGCUUUGUUGCACUGCAAUGUAGAUCAGCUUUAUUCUCCGACAUUGUAUUGUUAUGUUAGGCAUGCCACUGUAUGCUAUGCUAUACUGUGCCACCUUGCAGUAAUGCUGUGUUUUCUUUUAGUUUGAUUUAUGUAGCUGGCUCAAACCAACCUGCCAGGUUGAACGGCAUUGUUAUAUACCGGUAGUAGUAUGUAUUAUGAAUUAACAUCCAAGCAAGGUUCAUUUAAUAGAAGCGGGUAGCUCUAUGUUCAAACAAACAUUGUAGGAAUUAGUUUUUCGUUCAUUAUUUUUUCGAGACUUGCCUGACAUAUGGGGUCAUUGAUUUCUAAUGUGGAAGCCUCAGCAGCUUGUUAUCAUUAGAACGCUAUUUUUUUGUUGUUGUUGUGCUCGGGAGAAAGUCUCCGGGCAUGGAAGCAGCAUGCUUACGUCGCAAAGAAGUCUGCACGCAUUUUAGAUUUCAGAGCAUAAUAUCUAUACACUACCAAAUUUUACAAUUUUAUGUUUAUACUAUGGUGCCAAGCAUAUUUUAUGAGUGAGGGAUAUGUAAGUGCUUGAUGUGUGGAGUUGACUGCUAGGAGGUCUUGGGCCAGCAAUACACUGUGAAUGCAGAUCUGGGGUUCCCACUGUUAACAAGAAAAGCAGGGCACUAAAUCCCAACAUCGCUGUGUCUCGACUGGCACUUUAUCCAGAUUUUACUUACUGAGAUUAGGCCCAACAUAAAGUAUGGCUUUUCAAAGAGGCCUUUUUGCCUUUAUUUCUUUUACCUAUAUCUGUUCCCUUAUUCCCCAUGAAUAUCCCCUUUAGGUUGGCCCCAGAUGUUUUAGGGACGUAGGGGGUGGUGCGGGCCUCGCAAUAUCGAAACCUUUUUUUUGCAACGUGCAUUACGAGGAAAAUAGGGGGUGCAAACCGUAAUUUGUUUUCAGUCGAGAUGCUGUUUUGAGUUCAGAUGGAGAGACAGGGUUAUGACAUUGUUCAGAUCUCUCCCAAGUUUACCUCGAGACAUUAUAGUAGUAAAACAUGUUCCUUAUAGCCUAGAGGCUCAUUAUGUUCUGCCUGCAAUGUUAAAAGGAAUUUCCAGUUGUAUUUACUCGGUUUAUAUGCAUGUUGUACUUAGUUCCGUAGGGCAGUGCAUCUUCUUUUUUUUUUCUCUUUUUUUUUUAAAAUUUUAUGGGAAAGAUUGUAUUGCAAUUUUCAACGUUAAGGUUGAUCUUAGCAGCUCCUCCCUCAAGAAACCCCGUCAUUGUUGAUGUGAGAUUUCCCCGUGGGUUGGUUCUGGCGAGCAAGCGAGGUUGCUGUUUCUCUUGGAUUGACAGAUACCCUUGAAACAUGUUUGAAUGAAUGAAAUCAACUAGUCAUGGUUCGUUGUUCGCUCAUGACAGCCUCAGCUGCAAUUCCAAGGCAGUACAAAAGCUCCAAUACUGCUGCCUUGUCAUUUCACAGGUGUGAUAAUGCAUGACCUAAUCUACAGGGUUGAUAGCAUAGAGUUGAUGGGAUAUUAUGAAAAUAAAGAAUAUAUAAUGAA